AUUCGAUAGGCAACAGCCCGACGCUGCUCGCUACCUCCUUCCACCUCAACGCCACCACCGUCUCCUCUCCCACCAUGUUCUCUCACUCUUCCCCUCAACUUCCUUUGCCUCUACCCAUCCCCAUCCCCGACGCGCCUGCGACGCUGCUCCUUAACCAUUGGUGUGCCCUCUUCGAUUCGUCACCAGAUCUACGUGUUUUAUUCUGGAAUCUAAUCCAAGAACUCGGCAGAUUAUAUCUCGAACUCCACAUUCUAGGUUAUCGUCAUUGCAAUUGUUCUGCAGAGGGGAGGAACCAGGGAAGGUGAUGCCAUAUUGUCGUCGCCUAUCGCAUAAUAGUUUCCCGCAGGGACCUCGUCUUUGCUCCAGCUUGCGUUGGGGAGGUACGACUCUCUUCUCAAUUCUUAUUGCAGCUAUCACAGAUGUUAUGCUCGAUUUGUGUCGAAACAAGAUUUCGGCAAUAAUAAAAGGGGGUGGCUAUCAAGCUAGGAAAGUGGAUGGGUUUAGAGACAAGGAAUUUUAUACAGGUUCAGGCCUUCUUAUUCAAGAAGUAAUACCCUACUCCUGUCCGGGGAUGAUUCCGCCGAGUGUGUUAUUGAUUGUGUGAUUGAGAGAAAAAGAAUCGUUCCGAGAGGAACCCGGACCCCUCCUUAUAUAGGGGAAGGGAUCCGUAUUACAAAGUACAGCCCAUAUCCUAACGGAACAUGGGAUUACAGAUAAAAUACAAUCGUAACCGAUUAGGAUCCCUGGUAUCUUCUUGACAUACAAGUUUAGAAUCUAACCCGAGUCCGCAUAAAGAUAUUCUAUCUACUGGAAUGUAACCGCCAUGUGGAUUUGGGGUAACCAUAAUCUCCACAGUUGCCCCCGAGACCUUCACAGUUGACCAAAAUAGUCUUCUCGAAACAAAAAACAAUAAUUCGAGUGCUUCAAUUCAACUUGCUCCGGCUUGCCGAGUGCUAAAAGACUGUGAAGGGCGAAAAUAAAACAUGGUGCAUCGAGUAGAUGCACCUAAUUAGGUAUAGCCCCCGACUAUGUGAUUAGUUGAAAAACUAAACAUAUAGUCAAGAGCCGAGUGGUUUUAUAGCGAAGCACACAUGGUACUUAGUAAGAUACCCAGCCGACUGCUUCUUAAUUUGAAUAUAUCAAGGACAAAAAAUACAAGAAGGGCCGAGUGACAAACACUCAAAAGGUCCAAAAAUAGAUAUAUUUGGUAGGAAUCCGAGCAAGAAACUCUUAAAAUGAUCCACCAAAUACGAUAAAGAUCAUGGUAAUUAAGAAGUUCAUUAGCCUAGGCUAUAACCCUUACCAUAAUCAAAAUAAGCAUAUAACAUGCUAGGAGAAUGACUACUAAUAAACCAGUCAUCUCAAAUUAAUCCAACAGCUCUUGUAGCCUAAAAAAGCUUACAAAAAUGGUAUAACACCUUUCUGUCGGGCACCUUUUCAUGUGCAUCAUAAUAAUUCCAAAGAAUUAUUGAAUCGCGUUAAAAAGGAUUUUAACAGCAUCGGGCCGUGUCAUUGUGAGCACAUAUUGCUAAAGCAAAAAGCGCCUAAGUCCCUAGGGAUCACAACAGGCCACGCUGAAAACAUAAUUGGGCUGAAGUACUGUACAGGCCUAGGCCCAUUAGUACUCCCGAUACCCUAAAAAUACCGAAGUCCAAACAUCGCUUCGUCUUCCCCGCCGAGACUCUCGCCAUUCCCCACUCCGUGCUACAGUACAGAACCGCGCCGACGAAGUUAGGUUCAUCAAUCCGCUCCAAUCCAUCCUCAAAAACUUCACGAAAUUUCUCCCCGCAUCCACCGCUCCGAUUCCCCAUCCCUUUCCAGCCGUAUCUUGAACUAAAUCAAAUCAUCUAGUUCACAUUCAUGGCGGAAGAAAAAGAAAGCUUCGAGAGUCAGUGGGCGCCCUCCGAUGUGACAGAAGAUAAUCUGAAGGAGAUGGUGGCGCACGGCGUUCUCCCAGCUAAGGAGAUUAUCGGAUGGCGACCGACGUUCGGCGAAGCAUUCCCGACCCCCGACACACACGAAAUCGUGGUAUUUGCUCAUUUCUUCUAUGGCGGAUUUUCUCUUCCAACCUCAAGAUUCUUCCGGGGGAUUCUGAACUUCUACGGGAUUAGCUUGCAUCACUUGAACCCAAACUCCAUAGUGCAUAUUGCCAAUUUUAUCCAUGCCUGUGAAGCUUUUCUAGGCAUUAGGCCUCAUUUCGCCUUGUUCCGCCGCAUCUUUUUCCUCAAGCCCCAGCCAAAUAAGAGCAAACCAUGCGUCGUUGGGGGUGCUGGUUUCCAACUCAGGGGAACACUGAGCCAAAAAUACUUCUCCAUGCCCUUCAAGACCUCAAAUAAAGGCUGGCACGCAAACUGGUUUUAUGUUCAAAACCCCGAGCCUGUCCUUCCCGAGUACUCCUGUCUUCCUCCAGUUUAUCGUGAUACUUGGAACUCACUGCCAAUGGGAGAUGAAGCUGCACAAGCAGUAGAACUGAUGGAUAGGAUGAUAAAGCUGAAAGAACAGGGCCUUCAAGGAGAAUAAAUCACCCGGCACUUUAUCAAGUGUCGGUUAGCUCCAAUCAAAGAAAGAUCCCGCACAGCUUUUGAGUUUGAUGGCAAGCAUGAUCCAAAUCGGGAAGAUCCAGAUUCUCUUGACUUUAAGGUCAUGAAAGAAAGAAUGUACAAGAUCUUCUCAAACGCUAUUGUUGUCAGCUAUUCACAUCUGCUGCCCGUUGUGCCAUUUAAUGCAUUCAACCCUCCUCCACCGGAAUUUGCUUUGAUGAAAUCAGAUCCUCCAAUUGCUCAAUGCCGAUCACCUCGCCAGCAGACUGGUCAGGCGAGUGGAGGACCAAAAAUUCGAUCUGACACUCGACUAAGUGCUUCCGAUCCAGUCGGCCAGUCAGAUGCCCGCAAGAGGAAGCUGGUUCUAAGCGACGAGGAAGGCGAUGAUACCGGAAGGCUCGGAGACAAAGGAGCGACCGGAAAAUCCCCAAAGCCAACUAAUCCAAAGAAGAAAACCUCCAGCCGUCCUUUGCCAAAAAUCAAAAAGUUUUCCAGGAAGCCGUCUGACAUAGAUCCUUCUGAAAAAGACCCCGAGCCGGCUGGCAUAGAAGCAAACCCUUCAAAAGAAACCGGGCCGACUGCAGAGGAUCGUCCGAGUGACAAACAACCGGCAACCGACAAUGUAGAACCCAGCAACGAGCCCCCGACUGGGAACCAGUCGGCCGAAGCUGAAAUCGGUGCUAACCAGGAGCCCCCGACUGGAAACCAGUCGAAUGCAGGGCCAAGACAAAAGAUUCCCGAGGUUGAAGCUCAAACGAACAGUCCUCUCGGGAAGGAUGCUGACAAUGAAUCAGAAACCAGAUCUUCCGUGAAGACACCAAAAUCCACUCGUCCCCGACAAGGAAUCAUCAUAGGGCCAAUAAUUGGUGAUGAAGAAGAGAUCCUCCGGAUACAAGUAGCUGAGGAUUCACGCCCUCCGAUUCUGGUCAAGUGGUGGGAUGACAACAUGCAACCUCAAGGGAUCGUGAUAAAUAAGCAAAAAGAGGACGAAGAGUUAUGCCUGCUGAAGAAGGCACUUGGUCAGGCAACCCGCAUUGUAAAUAGGAUUCAUCUUAGGAACGAAGCCAAAACGGUAACCUUAGAGAGGUUAGUCCCUCAUCUUGGGACCCUCGAAGCCACCAGGAAUCAACUGCACGAAGCGAAAGAGCUUGCCAGGAAGAAUGAACAUGAUCUGAGGGAUCGGAUCGCUGAGCUCCAGGAAUCAAAUUUUGAACUGAGUGGCUCAUCAAAAGUGCAAGCUGCCAAGAUAUCUCAGUUGGAGAAGCAGAUUCAAAUUCUUGAAAAUGACAAGGCAGAACUGGCAAGACAAAGAGACCUGGCUCUAAAGGAAGUUGAAGACCGCAAGAUCAAAUCUCAAGCUCAAUUCGACGUCCUGGUUGGCAAGAUCAAAAAACUUGAAGGAGCCCGGGAUGAGGUUGCUAACGCUGCUGCCCCAAUUGUUCAAGCGAUGUUCUUCAAUAACAACGGCCCGAGUGCACUUGAUGCUUCUGAAAUUUUCGACAAGCUGAGAGUUGCUCCGGAUACAUAUUUCAAGAACAUCAAAGAGGCUGGAAGUAUGGGAGCAAGUCUGGCGUUGGCGAUGACCAAAUCUCUUUAUCCGAGGGUUGACGUUGAUGCCAUUGAUGGCUUUGCAGACGGGACGAGCGAAGAAGCUGCUCUUGACCUCAUCAGCGAUGCACAAAAAUCUGCUGAUAAGAUAGCAGUUGAUGUAGUUGAGAGAUUUCAGGACACCGAUCUUCGACCGACUGGUCCUGAUAAUUCUGAUGAUGAAAAAACUGAUACUGAUUAAUGUACCAAUGAUGUUAAUGGUUAAUGAUGAUGGAGGCACAAUUUGUACAAUACUGAUGAAUUUAUG